UACCUUUCUGUGGCAGCACAUGCAGGUGGAUAUACAAACUCUGAGCAGGACCAUUCACAAGAGCCCAGAAGACUGUGUACUGAUGAUGCACAUGAUCAUCCAGAACAUUUUGUUAACUGAGACAUCAGCUGAUAGAUCUAGUGGAUGGGGAAACAAACAGUCCAGACAAACUUGGGAGGCAGAAUUUGCUAGAGUCUUUAUCACCCCUAUUGUCAGUGGUCUAGAAAAUAAAUUGAACAAUGCGAACCAGUACAUGGCCAAAGACGAAAGACUGGGUAACAAUCCAUUGAUAAAGCUAGUGUAUGAGACAGAGAGAGUUGAGACAGGUAGAGAUGUCCUGCAGGUUGACAAGCUGGCAGAGGAACCUGAAGUUUGGAGGUUCCGUUCCCGAAUCACCAUUAAUAAUGUCACACAGGAGUUAAGUGAAUUCAUGACAAGUAGAAGAGGACAGAAACCACACCAGCUGCUCAUACUUCAGGCAUUCUUACAGAAGGAGCACUCUCUUAGGAUGCUGCGCCACCUUCCCAGCAUACUCAAGCUACAGCGACUGCUUUCACAGGGUCACCAAAGACGUGUUAACAAGAAUGAGGCAAUGAGUAUCACAAUUAAAGAGAUGCUUGAAAAGAUGGUAGAGGGACCAGAAAAGAUGGAGAUGCAAACCUUGAUUAAAUGCUUCAAAGAGGUUUGGUAUACAGUUAGAGAAGAAAUUGCAGCAAAAGGAGUUAAAGUUGCCAAUGGUAUACUAAGAGUACCUAAAGAGCAAUGUAGAAUGCAGAUUGAAGGCAGUACUCCUCUGUCCAUACUUCUUCCAAACUCUCGUGGUCAUGGUGUGUGCUCCCUGGCCCUAGUGCGCCAUCUUAUCAACCUACAGAAUGACUUCCUGGAAGAACACUACUGGAAAUACAGAAAAAAUGCCAUACCUGAAGAUGUUGUCCAACCAAAAGACCUGAUUGUGUCACACCUAAUCUCCUACCACCCUGAGCACGACUUGAUGCCUCUCAUCCUGGCUAGCUGCAACUAUUCAUAUAAAAUAUCACCAACAUCAGCUGGGUCCACACGGCAAGAAUCAGAACUGCAGUAUGAUUACAAUGCACUGGGAAAACAAAUUGAGGAGCGUUUUUUAAAAGGGAAAGUCAGGCUUGGUGGACAGUUGGACACCAUAACUUUCAGAGAAGAUACAACACAUGCUAGACUCUUCAGAGACUUGGAAGAGAAGAUACCUCAGGAACCAUUGUCCCACCAAGUUAAGCACCAGAUAGUUAGUGAGCUACGAGACUUCCAGGAUAUCUCAGAUUCUCUGGUGGCUUUGGAUCUGAGUGCAGAAUUCCUGGUAACAGUUGGUGGAGAACCUGGGUCAAAAAUUGCAGAAUUCAUGCAAAAUACUUUAAGCUUAGAGACUGGAUUGAAAAGUGCAAAGGCAAGACAGCACUGUAGCCUGAGCCAUGUAAAGUCACUGUGGCUGGUUCUUGCUUAUGAACAGGCCAAACAUUCAACUAAGAGGAAACAGGACUCUUUCCAUACCCUGGACAAUCGCUACAGAGAAAAGUUGAGCCCCGAACAAGUGGUUCCUUUGAAAGAGGCCUUAAAACACUUGAAUACUGAAACUUUUCUCUGUGAGUUGUUUGAAUUCAUUGUGCUGUAUGUGUGUGACAAGAGAGAAGUGGCCAUGGAUGAAGAUGCUGUAGAAAUUGCUGAUGACAGGUUAGGUCACCAGCUCUAUUCCUAUAUAGACAGCAAAGAUGGACCCGAAAUUCCAUCUUUGGUGCAGGAGGAUGGGUUCCCAGAAAACUUUCAAGUCAAACACUGCGAUCAUAUUUGGAAAGAAACUCUCAAAAUGAUGACCAAUCCUGAAAGCCAAUUUUAAAUGUGCAUGCAUUUUUCAUUGGAGUGCAGAAGUCUUAAAAGAUUUUUUUUUUUUUUUUUUUUGCUUUUUGUGGACUAUCAAGGACAAAUGCUAUGUGCUAGUGACUAUCAUAUAUCCAGUUAUUUCAAAUCUUGAA